UUUCCGGUGGCUUUUUAGGAAUACGCAGUCUCAGUUACUAGGUGAUCAAUUCAUAACAGCAACACAUCCAAGACUGACGGAGGGGGGCCAUAUCUGGUCCUCCAUCCCACCCAUAUAUUGAUUUCCCUCUGCCGGGUCAUUGUGUCUACUUACUGGAGAAAGUCUGAAGUCUUUGUAUUGAGAAGUUUCAGUUCUUCAUGUAACCGGAUGAAGCCAACAAGUACAGCUCUUGCUGGUGUUAUUGCAACUCCUCCUACUGAUGGUGCCACUGUUGCUAGCAUUGUGACACCAGCUUUUUUUAAUGGGAUCAUUAGUAAAGCUGGUGCAGGUUGUGCUGGGAAGACUUUCUAUACUCGUAACGCUUUUCUAGAGGCCGCUAAGUCGUAUCCUAGAUUUGGUACUGGAAAUCUCGAGGUUUCUAAACGUGAAAUCGCUGCAUUCUUCGCUCAUGUUACACAUGAAACCGGACAUUUCUGUUACAAAGAAGAAAUAAACGGACCAAAGAAAAACUACUGUCAGCAAGGAAACAAGCAAUAUCCAUGUGUUCCUGGAAAAGGAUACCAUGGCCGAGGACCCAUACAACUAUCAUGGAACUACAAUUAUGGACCAGCCGGUAAAGCCAUUGGAUUUGAUGGUCUGAAUGCUCCAGAAACUGUCUCAAAGAACCCUGUCAUCUCGUUUAAGACAGCAUUCUGGUUCUGGAUGAAUAACGUUCAUUCCAUCAUAACUACGAAUAAAGGGUUUGGUCCAACAAUUCGUGCAAUCAAUGGCAUGGAAUGCAAUGGUGGAAACACUAAUGCCGUCCAGGCAAGAAUCAGAUAUUUCAAGGCUUACUGCAGUCAACUUGGUGUUGCACCAGGGGCUAAUCUUGCUUGCUGAAAACUUAUGUUUUCCUAAUUUCUAAGUAUGUAAUGAAUAAUGAUGCUCAAUAAUGAUGAGUUAAAUAAAGAGAAUAUACGAAUAUCCAUAUAUGCCAAGUUAAUAAAAUAACAAUAAUACAACUUUAUUAAAUGCUGAUAGCAACAUUAGAAGUGAUCUAGGUGCACGAGAAACUUAAGCAAACAGACUACAGCAGGACACAUUACGGACUUAUGAAAUAUAUCAAAAUCUGAGCGUACCUAUUAAGCUUCCCAUGUCCUCUUUUAAAAGAAAUCCCCAUUUCGUUAUGCAAUAGCUACAUCUCUAAGUGCUGCA